AUGGAACCUUCUCCUCAGAGUGAAGAACCUUGUCCUCAGAGUGAAGAACCUUGUCCUCAGGGUGAGGAACCUUGUCCUCAGAGUGAAGAACCUGGUCUUCAGUGUCAGGAACAUUGUCCUCAGAGUGAAGAUCCUUUCCCUCAGGAUGGAAAACCUUGUCCUCAGAGUGAAGAACCUUGUCCUCAGAAAAAAGAACCUUCUCCUCAGAGUAAAGAACCUUCUUCUCAGAAUGAAGAACCUUGUCCUCAAAGUGAGGUACCUUGUUCUCCGAGUGAGAAACUUGUCCUCAGAGUGAGAAACCUUGUCCUCAGUGUGAGGAACCUUGUACUCAGAGUGAAGAACCUUGCCCUCAGAGUGAAGAUUCUUCUCCUCAGAGUAAGGAGCCUCGUCCUCAGAGUGAGGACACCUGUCCUCAGAGUGAGGACACCUGUCCUCAGAGAGAAAAAACUUGUUCUCAGUGUGAGGAACCUUGUCCUCAGAGAAAAGAACCUCGUUCUCGGAUUAAAGAACCUUGCCCUCAGAGAGAAGAACCUUGUCCUCAGAGUGCAGAACCUUGUCCUCGGAGUGAAGAACCUUGUCCUCAGAGAGAAGAACCUUGUCCUCGGAAAGAAGAACCUUGUCCUCAGAGUGAAGAACCUUCUCCUCAGAGUGAAGAACCUUGUCCUCAGUGAGCGGAACCUUGUCCUCAGAGCGGGAAACCCUGUCCUCAGAGUGAAAAACCUUGUCUUCAAAGUGAGGAACCUUCUCCUCAGAUUGAAAAAACUUCUCCUCAGAUUGAAAAAACUUGCCUCAGAGUAAGGAACAUUGUCCUCGGAGUGAAGAACCUUGUCUUCAGAGAGAAGAACCUUGUCCUCAGAAAGAAGAACCCUGUCUUCAGAGUGAAGAACCUUGUCCUCAGAAAGAAGAACCUUGUCCUCAGAGUAAAGAACCUCGUCCUCACAGUGUCUUACCUUCUCCUCAGAGUGAAGAACCUUGUCCUCAGAAACAAGAACCUUGUCCUCAAAGUGAGGAACCUUGUCCUCCGUGUGAGGAACCUUGUCUUCAAAGUGAAGAACCUUGCUCCCACAAUGAAGGACCUUGUCCUCAACGUGAGGAACUUUGUCCUCAGAGUGAGAGACCUUUUUCCUCGCAGUAAAGAACCUUGUCGUCAGAAUGGAGAACCUUGUCCUCAAAGUGAGGAGCCUUGUCCUCAGAGUGAGAAACAUUCUCUUCAGAGUGCGGAACCUUCUCCUCAGAGUGAAGUACCUUCUCCUCAGUGUCAGGAAUCUCGCCCUCAGACUGUGGAACCUUGUCCUCAGUGUGACGGACCUUGUCCUCAGAGUGAAGAACCUUGCCCUCAGAGUGAAGACCCUUGUCCUCAGAGUGAGGAAACUUGUCCUCAGAGUGAGGACCCUUGUCCUCAGAAAGAAAAAACCUUGUUCUCAGUGUGAGGAACCUUGUCCUUAGAGAGGAGAACCUCGUUCUCAGAUUAAAGAACCUUGUCUUCAUAGAGAAGAACCUUUUCCUCAGAGUGAAGAACCUUGCCCUCAGAAUGAAGAACCUUGUCCUCAAAGAGAGAAAACUUGUCUUCAAAGUGAGGAAUUUUGUCCUCAGAGUGAGGAACGUUGUACUCAGAGUGAAGAACCUUGUCCUCAGUUGGAGGCACCUUGUCCUCAGAGUGGGAAACCUUGUCCUCAGAGUGAAAAGCUUUGUCCUCAAAGUGAGGAACCUUGUGCUCAGAUUGAAAAAACUUCUCUUCAGACUGAAAAAACUUGUCCUCACACUGAAGAACCUUGUCCUCAGAGUGAAGAACCUUGUCCUAACAAAGAAGAACCUUGUCCUCAGAGUGAAGAACCUUGUCCUCAGAAAGAAGAGCCUUGUCCUCAGAGUGAAGAAAGUUGUCCUCAGAAAGAAGAACCUUGUCCUCAGAGUGAGAAACAUCCUCUUCAGAGUGAGGAACCUUGUCCUCAGAGUGAAGUACCUUCUCCUCAGUGUCAGGAAUCUUGUCCUCAGAGCGAAGAACCUUGUCCUAAGUGUGGGGAACCUUGUCCUCAGAGUGAAGACCCUUCUCCUCAGAGUAAAGGACCUUUUCCUCAGAGUGAAGAAGCUUGUCCUGAGUGUGAGGAAGCUUGUCCUCAGAGCGAAGAACCUUGUCCUCCGAGUGAGGAACCUUGUCCUCAGAAUGAAGAACCUUGUCCUCAGGGUGAAGAACCUUGUCUUCAGAGUGAGGAAUCUUGUCCUCAGAAUGAAGAAGCUUAUCCUCAGAGUGACGAACCUUCUCCUGAGAGUGAAAUACUUUGUACUCAGAGUAAAAAGCCUUGUCCUCAGAGUGAAGAACCUGGUCCUCAGGGUGAGGAACCUUGUCCUCAGAGUGAAGAACCUUGUCCUCAGAGUGAGGAACCUUGUCCUCAGAAUGAAGAACCUUGUCCUCAGAGUGAAGAACCUUGUCCUCAGAGUGAAGAACUUUGUACUCAGAGUAAAGAUCCUUGUCCUCAGAGUGAAGAACCUUGUCCUCAGAGGGAAGAACCUUGUCCUCAGGGCGAAGAACCUUGUCCUCAGGGUGAGGAACCUUUUCCUCAGAAUGAAGAAACUUGUCCUCAGAGCGAAGAACCUUGUCCUCAGAGUGAGGAACCUUGUCCUCAGAAUGAAGAACCUUGUCCUCAGAGUGAAGAACCUUGUCCUCAGAGUGAAGAACUUUGUACUCAGAGUAAAGAUCCUUGUCCUCAGAGUGAAGAACCUUGUCCUCAGAGGGAAGAACCUUGUCCUCAGGGCGAAGAACCUUGUCCUCAGGGUGAGGAAUCUUUUCCUCAGAAUGAAGAAACUUGUCCUCAGAGCGAAGAACCUUGUCCUCAGAGUGAGGAACCUUGUCCUCAGAAUGAGGAACCUUGUCCUCAGAGUGAAGAACCUUGUCCUCAGAGUGAAGAACUUUGUCCUCAGAGUGAAGAACCUUGUCCUCAGAGUGAGGAACUUUGUACUCAGUGUAAGAUCCUUGUCCUCAGAGUGAAGAACCUUGUCCUCAGAGUGAAGAACCUUGUCCUCAGAGCGAAGAACCUUGUCCUCAGAGUGAGGAACCUUUUCCUCAGAAUGAAGAACAUUGUCAUCAGAGUGAAGAACCUUGUCCUCAGAGUGAAGGACUUUGUCCUCAGAGCGAAGAACCUUGUCCUCAGAGUGAGGAACCUUGUCCUCAGAAUGAAGAAUCUUUUCCUCAGAGUGAAGAACCUUGUCCUCAGAGUGAAGAACUUUGCACUCAGAGUAAAGAUCCUUGUCCUCAGAGUGAAGAACCUUGUCCUCAGAGUGAAGAACCUUGUCCUCAGAGCGAAGAACCUUGUCCUCAUAGUGAGGAACCUUGUCCUCAGAAUGAAGAACCUUGUCCUCAGAGUGAAGAACCUUGUCCUCAGAGUGAAGAACUUUGACCUCAGAGUGAAGAACCUUGUCCUCAGAGUGAAGAACUUUGUACUCAGAGUAAAGAUCCUUGUCCUCCGAGUGAAGAACCUUGUCCUCAGAGUGAAAAACCUUGUCCUCAAACGAAGAACAUUGUCCUCAGAGUGAGGAACAUUUUCCUCAGAAUGAAGAACCUUGCCCUCAGAGUGAAGAACCUUGUAGUCAGAUUGAAGAACUUUGUACUCAGAGUAAAGAUCCUUCUCCUCAGAGUGAAGAACCUUGUCCUCAGAGUGAAAAACCUUGUCCUCAGAGAGAGAAACCUUGUCCUCAGAGUGAGGAACCUUUUCCUCAGAAUGAAGAACCUUGUCCUCAUGGUGAAGAAACUUGCCCUAAGAAUGAAGAAUCUAAUCCUCAAAGUGAGGAACCUUGUCUUCAUAGUGAGAAACCUUGUCCUCACAGUAAAAACCCUGUCCUCAGAAUGAAGAACCUUGUCUUCAAAGUGAGGAACGUUGUCCUCAGAGUGAGAAACCUUGUCCUCAGAGUGAGGACGCUUGUCCUCAGAGUGAAGACCCUUGUCUUCAGUGUGAGGUAUCUUGUCCUCAGAGUGAAAAAGCUUGUCCUCAGGGUAAAAAACGUUGUCCUCAGACUUAGAAAACUUGUCCUCAGAGUGAGGAACCUUGUCCUCAGAGUGAAGAACCUUGUCCUCAGAGCGAAGAACCUUGUCCUCAGAGUGAGGAACCUUGCCGUCAGAAUGAAGAACCUUGUCCUCAGUGUGAAGAACCUUGUCCUCAGAGUGAAACACUUUGUCCUCCGAGCGAAGUACCUUGUCCUCAGAGUGAGGAACAUUUUCCUCAGAAUGAAGAGCCUUGUACUCAGAGUGAAGAACCUUGUCCUCAGAGUGAAGAACUUUGUACUCAGAGUAAGGAUCCUUCUCCUCCGAGUGAAGAACCUUGUCUUCAGAGUGAAAAACCUUGUCCUCAGAACGAAGAACAUUGUCCUCAGAGUGAGGAACCUUUUCCUCAGAAUGAAGAACCUUGUCCUCAGAGUGAAGAACCUUGUAGUCAGAGUGAAGAACUUAGUACUCAAAGUAAAGAUCCUUCUCCUCAGAGUGAAGAACCUUGUCCUCAGAGUGAAAAACCUUCUCCUCAGAGAGAGGAACCUUGUCCUCAGAGUGAGGAACCUUUUCCUCAGAAUGAAGAAUCUUGUCCUCAGGGUGAAGAAACUUGCCCGAAGAAUGAAGAAUCUAAUCCUCAAAGUGAGGAACCUUGUCUUCAUAGUGAGAAACCUUUUCCUCACAGUAAAAACCUUCUCCUCAGAAUGAAGAACCUUGUCUUCAAAGUGAGGAACCUUGUCCUCAGAGUGAGAAACCUUGUCCUCAGAGUGAGGACGCUUCUCCUCAGGGUGAAGACCCUUGUCCUCAGUGUGAGGUAUCUUGUCCUCAGAGUGAAAAAGCUAGUCCUCAGGGUAAAAAACUUUGUCCUCAGACUGAGAAAGCUUGUCCUCAGAGUAAGGAACCUUGUCCUCGGAGUGAAGAACCUUGUCCUCAGAGUGAAAAACCUUGUCCUCAGAGUGAAAAACCUUGUCCUCAGAGCGUAGAACCUUGUCCUCAGAGUGAGGAACAUUUUCCUCAGAACGAAGAACCUUGUCCUCAGAGUGAAGAACCUAGUCCUCAGAGUGAAGAACUUUGUACUCAGAGUAAUGAUCCUUGUCCUCCGAGUGAAGAACCUUGUCCUCAGAGUGAAGAACCUUCUAGUCAGAGUGAAGAACUUUGUACUCAGAGUAAAGAUCCUUCUCCUCAGAGUGAAGAACCUUGUCCUCAGAGUGAAAAACCUUUUCCUCAGAGAGAGGAACCUUGUCCUCAGAGUGAGGAACCUUUUCCUCAGAAUGAAGAACCUUGUCCUCAGGGUGAAGCAACUUGCCCUAAGAAUGAAGAAUCUAAUCCUCAAAGUGAGGAACCUUGUCUUAAUAGUGAGAAACUUUGUCCUCACAGUAAAAACCUUGUCCUCAGAAUGAAGAACUUUCUCUUCAAAGUGAGGAACCUUGUCCUCAGAGUGAAAAACCUUGUCCUCAAAGCGUAGAACCUUGUCCUCAGAGUGACGAACAUUUUCCUCAGAAUGAAGAACCUUGUCCUCAGAGUGAAGAACCUUGUCCUCAGAGUGAAGAACUUUGUACUCAGAGUAAUGAUCCUUGUCCUCCGAGUGAAGAACCUUGUCCUCAGAGUGAAGAACCUUGUAGUCAGAGUGAAGAACUUUGUACUCAGAGUAAAGAUCCUUCUCCUCAGAGUGAAGAACCUUGUCCUCAGAGUGAAAAACCUUUUCCUCAGAGAGGGGAACCUUGUCCUCAGAGUGAGGAACCUUUUCCUCAGAAUGAAGAACAUUGUCCUCAGGGUGAAGCAACUUGCCCUAAGAAUGAAGAAUCUAAUUCUCGAAGUAAGGAACCUUGUCUUCAUAGUGAGAAACUUUGUCCUCACAGUAAAAACCUUGUCCUCAGAAUGAAGAACCUUCUCUUCAAAGUGAGGAACCUUGUCCUCAGAGUGACAAACCUUGUCCUCAGAGUGAGGACGCUUGUUCUCAGAGUGAAGGCCCUUGUCCUCAGUGUGAGGAAUCUUGUCCUCAGAGUGAAAAAGCUUGUCCUCAGGGUAAAAAACUUUGUCCUCAGAGUGACAAAACUUGUCUUCAGAGUGAGAAACCUUGUCCUCAGAGUGAAGAACCUUUUCCUCAGAGUGAAGUACGUUGUACUCAGAGUAAUGAUCCUUGUCCUCCGAGUGAAGAACCUUGUCCUCAGAGUGAGGAACCUUGUCCUCAGAAUGAAGAACCUUGUCCUCAGAGUGAAGAACGUUGUCCUCUGAGUGAAGAACUUUGUACUCGGAGUAAAGAUUCUUGUCCUCAGAGUGAAGAACCUUGUCCUCUGAGUGAAGAACCUUGUCAUCAGAGUGAAGAACCUUGUCCUCAGAAUGAAUAA